AUGCAAACGAUACGAUUCAAUAAACAGGCUGUUUUUGGGAUUUGUAUCGUUUCUUCAUUUUUAGUUUUUUCGGUUUUCUGGUAUUAUGGAGGAAGUGAUUCGGGAGAAAUUGGAGUGGCAAAUAGGAAUGAAAUUGUUAAGGUUGGUUAGGAUGCGAUUUUGGGAAAAUUAUUUGGGAAUUUUUAGAAUCUUUCUGAAUUUGAAAGAAUUUUAAAAUUUUGAUCCACCUUAUUUCUCCCAUACGCAAUAUACAUACGUUUGAAACACAAAAAUUAAGCUCACCAUCUCCUUCUUCGAAAUCUACAGUACCCAUUUUCUAGGCUCGAUUUGGACACGGGUAUCAAUUAAACGCUAAAGAUGUAGUUGCAAGCGAAGAAGUUCUUAAAAAAGUUGAAAAACUAAAAAAGAUCUGAAGAUUUUCCGGAUGAGAUUGAACCUGUGAAUAUUAGCCCACCAUUAAAUAUUCAACCAGAACCAACAGAUCAAGAUUUGAUUGGAAAACGACAUUAUCAAGAAUAG